CUCCGUGCGUGUUGACGGCACCUGACGUGACGUGUCUCCGUAAACACAACAAUGGCGGACUCCGCUGAGGAAGCUCUUCAGGGCAGCUGGGACCAGGAUCUGGUCGAGGCUCUGGACUCUGGUGGUUCUGACAUGGAGAACGUGGAGGAGCGAGGCUUCACCCAGGUCCAGGAAGAUUCAGCUCAACACAGAGCCAAGAUGUGGAAGAUCGCUCUAAAUGUCUCUGGAAAAGGUGACACUCUGGCUUCUUGGGACGGUGUCUUUGAUUUGCCCGAACAGACACUCAUUCAUAACCGCUGUCAACAGCUGAUUGAUCUGCUGGGUUUAUCGGAGGAAGAGAGCAGCAGCAUAGUGUCUGACGUCGAGUCUGUCAUCACUUUCUACUGUAAGUCUCGCAACAUUACCUUCAGUCCAGAGCUGAGCUGGCCACACCUGCUCAAACCUCUGUUGGGGCUCCUGCUUCCCCGCAGCGACCUCUACAACUGCUUCUACGCUAUCAUGAACAAAUACAUCCCCAGAGAGUGUGUGCCGAACGGCCGACCGUUCCACCUCUUCAGACUGCUGCUGCAGUAUCACGAACCCGAGCUCUGCUCCUUCCUGGACACCAAAAAGAUCACACCCGACUCCUACGCCAUCAACUGGCUGGGCAGCUUGUUCUCCAGUCACUGCCCUCCCGAUGUCACCCAGGCCCUGUGGGACUCGUACCUGCAGCAGGGAGACGCCUUCCUCGUCUUCUUCCUCAUGCUCGUCAUGCUCGUCAACGCCAAAGAGUCCAUCCUCACUCAGGGCGGAGAUAAAGAUGACAUCAUCAAAAUGCUGGAAGCUUUUCCUUCUCUCCUGGAGGCUGAAGACGUGGAUGAUCUGUUUUCUCUAGCCCAGUAUUACCAGAGCAAGACACCUCUGUCGCUCAGAAAGAUGAAUCAGAAUCUGUUUGGCAGCAGUCUGGUAGCUCUGAAAGAGGAAGACACUGACCUGAGUCAGGCUCUGUGUCUCCCUGUGUCUGUCCCUGAAAUCCUGCAGGCGAACCAGCUGCAGCAGGAUGGGGUUCGUUUCUUUGUGGUGGACUGUCGACCUGCAGAGCAGUACAACGCUGGACACCUGUCCACAGCCUUCCACCUGGACUCUGACCUGAUGCUCCAGAAUCCGUCUGAGUUUGCUCUCUCUGUAAAAUCCCUGUUGGAGACACAGAAACAGUCUCUAGAGUCCGGCUCCAUCGCCAGUGGAGAGCACCUGUGCUUCAUGGGCAGUGGGAGGGAGGAGGAGGACAUGUACAUGAACAUGGUGCUGGCCCAUUUCCUGCAGAAAAACAAAGAAUACGUGAGCAUCACUAAAGGAGGUUUCAUGGCUCUGCAGCAGCACCUGGUGGACAUAAACAUCGAAGGCCUCGACUCUUCUUACAUCCACUGGAUCGUCAGCACGUCAGGGUCUCACAGCAGCCUCAGCUCUGCAGAUGGAGAGUCUCUGAGCAGCCCAGGAGACGGCAAAGGUGUCAAGUCGCUGGUCAACAAAAUGACUUUUGCUCUUAAGUCCAAGUCGGUGAAUGUGAAGGAGAAGAUGAUCAGCUUCAUUGAGAACACGUCCACACCUGUAGACAGAAUAUCUUUCAAUCUGCCUUGGCCAGAGAAGGUGAUUCCAGAUCGACACGUGAGCAGCAGCGACCGCGUGGGUAAACCGUAUAGAGGAGUCAAACCUGUCUUCAGUAUUGGUGAUGAAGAGGAGUACGACACGGACGAGAUCGACAGCUCGUCCAUGUCGGACGACGACAGGAAGGAAAUCGUCAACAUUCAGACGUGGAUAAACAAACCUGAUGUAAAACAUCACAUUCCGUGUAAUGAGGUCAAAGAGACGGGUCACAUGUUCCCCAGCCACUUGUUGAUCACGGCGACCCACAUGUACUGUCUGAGGGAAAUCGCCUCCAGAAAAGGCUUUGCUUAUAUCCAGUCCAGACAAGCUCUGAACUCUGUGGUGAAGAUCACGUCCAAGAAGAAACAUCCAGAACUCAUCACCUUCAAGUUUGGCACCAACAACUCGGCCGGAGUGGAGAUAUCAGCUGUGGAGAGAUAUUUGAUACCAAACGCAGGCGACGCCACCAAAGUCAUCAAGCAGCAGAUCAUGAAAGUCCUCGACGCUCUGGAGAGCUCGUAAAAAAAACAACCGAGAUGACAAUGGCGACGACCGCUCGCCACGACGUAAACUGUAAAGAAGAGUGAGAGCUUCUGGGGGGCGGCGGUUCCUCGUGGACACGCCCACUGCGGUGUUGACUGUGCAGCAGACGCGGCGUCACACCGCUGACUGCAGGUCUGUGGGACAGACUCUGUGUGUGUGUGUGUGUUGAAAAACUUAGGUGCUCUCAGCAGUCGUCCAACAUUAUCUUAUACUCAUUUAAAACAUGUUGGUUCUCGUGUUCGUUUGAAUUUACUCUUGAUAAAAACAACAAAAACUCUCAUUUCCUCUGGGCCUUAACGUAGCUUUUCUGACCGACCACCGGAAAAACCUGUUCAAUCAUUUCAUCACGAGCAUCUCUGUCCUGAACACUGCCUUUGUGUUCAGUUCUUUUUAUUAUUCACUGUUGAUUUAAAGGGAGAGUGCUGGGUUUCUGAGGUGCUGACCUGUAGAGCUCAUAAAUGCUCUUCACUUUGUGAAGACACUGGUUUUAGACACUACAAAAUCUACGUCAGUUUAAUUCUAUGAUAUCUUAUGAACAUGUUCACGUUAGACUGACUUGUCCAACAGGAAAGUGAAGUUUGUAAACCACUCACUCUCCCACACCAGAGUCCACAGAGAAAAUCAGUGAUUUUAACAUCUUUACUGGAGCAGCGCUCCAAUUUCGUUGUAUUUGUAAUGCAAUGACAAUAAAGACAUUCUAUCACACACACAUGAGUUGUUGAUCCACUGCUGCCUCGAUCACUAAGUUCUAAUGUCUUAUUUUGACAAUUCGGCUUUUAAAAUCUUUUGUUCUGAUUGACCUCAGUGACACAUAGUGACCACACGAGGCAGCAGUAGACCAGCAGCUCCUGUGUCUCUGUGAGCUUAAAUCACGCAUUUUCUGUAGGACUUUGGUGUGGGAGAGUGAGUGGUUUACAAACUUCACUUUCCUGUUGGAAAAGUCUGUCUAACAGCAGCAGGGGGCGCUCUCGGCUCUGACUGUUAGAAUCUCAUAAAAUCCUUCUUAAAAAAAAACACAAACUGUCCCUUUAAGGAUGGUUGUGUUGGUCAGGACGUGAGCAUGAGUCGGCAAACAACGACACACAUCCCCAAAAAAACAGUGCUGACUCAUGAUGCAGUUUUUAUUUUUUACUGAAACAACAGUUAUAUUAAAGGACCUGUGUGUAGGAUUUAGUGGCAUCUAGUGGCUAAGUUGGAUAUAGCAAUGAACUGACAGUGUACAUGAGAAAAUACGGUGGCCUGUGGGUAGCGUCCAAAUAUGAAUGGCCCUCCCAGAGCCUGUGUUAGACAUGUCCACUCUGGGCUUCUGUUCAAACUUGGUGUCGUAUAAAGGGAGGAGGAAAACAAGAGGAAACAAAAGAUGACGGGUGUUAAUUUUCAUUUGUAAUAAAUAAAUAAAUAAAUGAAUGAAAAUAUCAUUUAAAUAUAUGUAUUUUACAUACUGGGGCAGUUUGAGGUGAUGUGAUGAUGUAUAUUUAACAUGAAACCAUUUCCUGAUAGUUUGAAUAUGCACUGAAUUACAGUGAGUGUGAAUGUCACUCACAGCGCCCCCCUCUGGACGACAUGAGUGCUACAGCUGGUUGUCAGAGAGCCUGAGCUCCUCAGUAUUUUCCCUCAUCAGCUUCAGUUUGAUUUUUCUGGUGUAGGUUAAGUUAACGACUGCUAAACCAUCACUGUCACAACGACUGAGUCUGUUUCUCUGUUUGCCUCAGUUCACCUUUGGCCUCUGACGCGUGACUGAAGUACACUGCUGCUUUAAAGAGAUAGUUCAGGGUUUUUAGAAUGUGUUUGAGAACCAGUCUGAGACAUGGAGACGAGAAACACAUUUUACUCACUAAACAAAAGAAUCUGUCACAUUUUCACGUCUUUAUCGAACUGUCAGACAGACUUUUCCAACAGGAAACUGAAUUUUGUAAACCACUCACUCUCCCACACCAAAGUCCAUAAAGAAACUGCUGGUCUACUGCUGCCUCGUGUGGUCACAUUGUGUCACUGAGGUCAAUCAGAACGAACGAUUUGAAAUGCAGAAUUCAGAAAUGGUUCUCAGCAGCAGGGGGCGCUCUCAGCAUGAGUCCCUCAUAUAAAUGCACUUAAAAAAAGCCUGGACUGUCACUUUAAGUGUCUUUUUGACUUUUCUUUGCUUUAUUUUUUGCUAACUUUGCAUUGAGUGUCAGAGCCUCUAAAGUUUUUCUGUCUGUUAAAAACAAGCAACACAAACAGUAAGAGUUGAAGGAGAACGUUAAUGAUUGGCUCCAGCUCUUCAGAUCAUUCCUGUGUAAACCAUGCACUUGUGUUGUACUUUGUACUUUGGUGAAAACUUCUUCUUCCUCUCAGUAUUUAUUGGACAGACUGGAUCGUCUUUACGUCACAUCACUGAACGACGACGACGUCACCCACUAGUUUGAAAUGUCUCAUGUUAUUUGCACCUUAAAACCGUAACUGCUAUUAUUUUCUAUUAUAACGUUUCUGUUUUUAAUAAAUGGAGAUUAUUGGACUGCA